GCGGGGGCCCCCUCCGGAAGGUGAAGGGGAUGGAUUGGACUCCGCUGGGGAAAGCGGGUGUCUCGAAGUGGUGCUAAUGGGAAGAGAUUUCUGGUUUCAAAAGAGGAUGCUCUGCCACAAAGAGCGGCUUGCGCGCUGGCCUGGGCUCUAGCCGAGGAGAGAUCCCGGGAGAACUCCAGAGCUCGCGGGGAGCGCUCCUCGGAAGACCGGGGUCAACAUGCCUGUUCGCAGGGGGCAUGUGGCACCACAAAACACAUUUUUGGGGACCAUCAUACGGAAAUUUGAAGGGCAAAAUAAAAAAUUUAUCAUUGCAAAUGCCAGAGUGCAAAACUGUGCCAUCAUCUACUGCAAUGAUGGGUUCUGUGAGAUGACUGGUUUCUCCAGGCCAGAUGUCAUGCAAAAGCCGUGCACCUGUGACUUUCUCCAUGGGCCUGAGACCAAGAGGCAUGAUAUUGCCCAAAUUGCCCAGGCAUUGCUGGGGUCAGAGGAGAGGAAAGUGGAGGUCACCUACUAUCACAAAAAUGGGUCCACUUUCAUUUGUAACACUCACAUAAUUCCAGUGAAAAACCAAGAGGGCGUGGCUAUGAUGUUCAUCAUUAAUUUUGAAUAUGUGACAGAUGAGGAAAACGCUGCCUCCCCAGAGAGGGUAAACCCAAUAUUACCAGUCAAAACUGUAAACCGGAAACUUUUUGGGUUUAAAUUCCCUGGUCUGAGAGUUCUCACUUACAGAAAGCAGUCUUUACCCCAAGAAGACCCUGAUGUGGUAGUAAUUGAUUCAUCUAAACAUAGUGAUGAUUCAGUAGCCAUGAAGCACUUCAAGUCUCCUACAAAAGAGAGCUGCAGCCCCUCCGAAGCAGAUGAUACAAAAGCUUUGAUACAGCCCAGCAAAUGUUCCCCCUUGGUGAAUAUAUCUGGACCUCUUGACCAUUCCUCUCCCAAAAGGCAAUGGGACCGACUCUACCCUGACAUGCUGCAGUCAAGUACCCAGCUGACUCAUUCCAGAUCGAAGGAAAGCAUCUGUAGUAUACGGAGGGCUUCUUCAGUUCACGAUAUAGAAGGAUUCAGUGUCCACCCCAAGAACAUAUUUAGAGACCGACAUGCCAGUGAAGACAAUGGUCGCAAUGUCAAAGGGCCCUUUAAUCAUAUCAAGUCAAGCCUCCUGGGAUCCACGUCAGAUUCUAAUCUCAAUAAAUACAGCACCAUUAACAAGAUUCCACAGCUCACCCUGAAUUUUUCGGAUGUCAAAACUGAAAAAAAGAAUGCAUCCCCUCCUUCUUCAGAUAAAACCAUUAUUGCACCCAAGGUUAAAGAUCGAACACACAAUGUGACAGAGAAAGUCACCCAGGUUCUCUCUUUAGGAGCAGAUGUCCUGCCAGAAUAUAAACUGCAGACCCCACGCAUCAACAAGUUUACAAUAUUGCACUACAGCCCCUUCAAGGCAGUCUGGGAUUGGCUUAUUCUGCUCUUGGUCAUAUACACUGCUAUUUUCACGCCCUAUUCUGCAGCCUUUCUCCUCAAUGACAGAGAAGAACAGAAAAGACGAGAAUGUGGCUAUUCUUGUAGCCCUUUGAAUGUGGUGGACUUGAUUGUGGAUAUUAUGUUCAUCAUAGAUAUUCUCAUAAACUUCAGAACAACAUAUGUAAAUCAGAAUGAAGAAGUGGUAAGUGAUCCGGCCAAAAUAGCAAUACACUACUUCAAAGGCUGGUUCCUGAUCGACAUGGUUGCAGCAAUUCCUUUUGACUUGCUGAUUUUUGGAUCUGGUUCUGAUGAGACAACAACAUUAAUUGGUCUUUUGAAGACAGCUCGACUCCUUCGUCUUGUGCGAGUGGCCCGAAAACUUGAUCGAUAUUCAGAAUAUGGCGCUGCUGUCCUAAUGCUUUUAAUGUGCAUAUUUGCCCUGAUAGCUCACUGGCUGGCUUGCAUUUGGUAUGCAAUUGGGAAUGUGGAAAGGCCCUACCUGACAGACAAAAUUGGAUGGUUGGAUUCCUUAGGACAACAAAUUGGGAAACGAUACAAUGACAGUGACUCAAGUUCUGGACCAUCCAUUAAAGACAAAUACGUCACAGCACUUUAUUUUACCUUCAGCAGUUUAACCAGUGUAGGAUUCGGAAAUGUGUCUCCUAACACCAAUUCGGAGAAAAUAUUUUCAAUCUGUGUCAUGUUGAUUGGCUCACUAAUGUAUGCAAGCAUUUUUGGGAAUGUAUCUGCAAUUAUCCAAAGACUAUACUCGGGAACUGCCAGGUACCACAUGCAGAUGCUUCGAGUAAAAGAGUUCAUCCGCUUUCACCAAAUUCCCAACCCUCUGAGGCAACGGCUUGAGGAAUAUUUCCAGCACGCAUGGACAUACACCAAUGGCAUUGACAUGAACAUGGUCCUAAAGGGUUUCCCAGAAUGUUUACAAGCUGACAUUUGUCUACAUCUCAACCAGACUUUGCUGCAAAACUGCAAAGCCUUUCGGGGGGCAAGUAAAGGUUGCCUUAGAGCUUUGGCAAUGAAGUUCAAGACGACCCAUGCACCUCCAGGAGACACCCUGGUUCACUGUGGGGAUGUCCUCACUGCACUUUAUUUCUUAUCCAGAGGCUCCAUUGAAAUCCUCAAAGAUGACAUUGUGGUAGCUAUUCUGGGAAAAAACGAUAUAUUUGGAGAAAUGGUUCAUCUUUAUGCUAAACCUGGAAAGUCUAAUGCAGAUGUGAGAGCUCUCACAUACUGUGACUUGCAUAAGAUCCAGAGAGAAGACUUGUUAGAAGUGUUGGAUAUGUAUCCCGAGUUUUCCGAUCACUUUCUCACAAACCUAGAGUUGACUUUUAACCUAAGACAUGAGAGUGCAAAGGCUGAUCUCUUACUACGAUCACAGUCCGUGAAUGACUCUGAAGGAGACAACUGUAAACUACGAAGAAGGAAAUUCUCAUUUGAUAGUGAGGGAGACAAAGAUUUUGACAAAGGGAACAGUACAAAUGGUCCUGAAGACUCUGUAGAUACCAUAAGACACUAUCAGAGUUCCAAGAAGCACUUUGAAGAGAAAAAAAGCAGAUCUUCAUCUUUCAUCUCCUCCAUUGAUGAUGAACAAAAGCCUCUCUUCUCAGGAAUAGUAGAUUCUCCUGCAGGAAUGGGGAAAGCAGCUGGACUCAAUUUUGAAGGAACAGUGCCCACCUCAGGAAGAAUUCACAUAGAUAAGAGAAGUCACUCUGGCAAAGAUAUCGCUGACGCAAGAAGCUGGGAACAAGAAAAUGCACAGACUCAGGCUGAUGAGUCUAGUCCCUCAGCACUCCAGCGAGCUGCCUGGGGGAUCUCUGAAACCGAAAGUGACCUCACUUACGGGGAAGUGGAGCAAAGAUUAGAUUUGCUUCAAGAACAACUUAACAGACUUGAAUCCCAAAUGACUGCUGACAUCCAGACCAUCCUACAGUUGCUGCAGAAACAAACCACUGUGGUCCCCCCAGCCUACAGUAUGGUAACUGCUGGAGCCGAGUAUCAGAGGCCCAUCAUCCGCCUGAUGAGAACCACCCAUCCCGCAGCAUCCAUCAAGACAGACCGAAGUUUCAGUCCUUCCUCACAAUGUCCUGAAUUUCUAGACCUUGAAAAAUCUAAACUUAAAUCCAAAGAAUCCCUCUCAAGUGGGGUGCAUCUGAACACAGCUUCCGAAGACAACUUGACUUCACUUUUAAAACAAGACAGUGAUCUCUCUUUAGAGCUUCACCCACGGCAAAGAAAAACUUACCUUCAUCCAAUUAGGCAUCCUUCUUUGACAGAUUCAUCCCUAAGCACUGUAGGAAUCUUGGGUCUUCAUAGGCAUGUUUCUGAUCCUGGUCUUCCGGGGAAAUAAUCAUUUUGUACUAUUUACUCCACAUACAAUGUAAGUGCUUUUAAUGGCUGUUUUCCUUUUUUUUGUAUUUAAAUCCUCUCUACUUGACUCAGGGGCUCAUAAGGUACCAUUAUAUGCAAAAGUACUGUAUAUUUUCCUAAAUUGAAGCUUGUAAGGUAAAACUGAGCAAUUAGGAUGUAAAUAUACAUAUGAACUCUUUUGUUCCAAAUGUUAAAACUGCCAGCAUCUCAAGGCAUCUUAUUAUUAUUAUUUUUUAAAUCAUGUGCAUGUUAGGAAACUCCAAUUUCUCUUGCAUGGAGACUCCUACUUACUACUUUUACUACCCCAGUAUUUUGUUAUGAAAAUGCCUUCCAAGCAAGUAAGAAACCAAGGAAUAACAUUGUUCAUGGAUGCAAAUCAGGUGAUCCUCAACUCAUGGAAGUUCCAGGAGGAGAAAGGGAACUUAGUCAUUUUGAGAACAGAUAGAUACCCUUCUGUAUUGAGAUGUUUAUAGUUAAUUACAAUCAUUUCACCACACCGGAAAAAAAAAAGUUCUAAAAAAGUUCUAAAUCUCUGAUCGUGUAGGGAGCCAUCUCCAAAUACAUGAAUAUAGGCCAGCUUUAAUGAGGACAAAAAGGCCUUUCUAUUUAAAAUUCUGUCUCUAACUUCAUUUACAAACUACCUAAAAUAUUUCUCACUGGCACAUUUCCUUGAACAUUUAGAAACAAGUUUUUUCUCAUUUUUCUUUCUUUUUUUUGAGGGAGGAGGGAGUCUUAAGCAUGACUGACACAAGCUGAUAUCCAGAGCUUUCCUCUGAUUCAUAUUUUAGGGCAAUCCUGAACUGGAUCAAAAGAGUGGACGCACAGAGUUCUUUUUAAAAAAUGUGCAACUUAGUGGAUGUGCAUGGCAAAACUAGCUUCCAUUAAGUAUAUGUUGUUCCAUGGUUUUCUUAUCCCAGCUGUGGAAAAACAAUGUGUUUUUACCUGCCUGUAAAGGAAAUGAACACACCAGCAGUAACAUUUCAGUUUCGUUCAGUUAGUCAAACACAUUUCCUAAUCAAAGAUUAAAUGAAAAUGUAUAAUUUAUGGAUUGGGCCGAAUAUAUAUGGACCCCAGAAUAUCAGAACAUACAAUGGAAUAUAUUUUAAUAUCCUUAACUGUUAGAUUUUUUUGGAGGGAGGAGCAUAUGCCUCUCAUAAAAAUCAGGAUACGGAAAAAAAUUGCAAGUUAAGAAUCUGAUUAAUUUUUAGUCGUUUUAUUUCUCAAUUCAUUUGAGUACAAUUUUAAACUUAUUAGGGACUGAUCCAUUAUACCCUUUCCUUCUGAACAAAAUUUUGAAAUUUCUGCAAGUUCUUCAUUCUUUAAUGAUUCUUAUACUCACAUGUAUUUUUAAAGAAAUAAUAUAUCCGUGCACAUUAUUAAAUGGAUUAAUUUCUAUCCCUCCAGGAUAGAAAUGUAAUCUAUUGACUUACCCUUACCUUUGACACUAUUAGUUUCAAAUACAAGCAAUUCAUUUAAAUUUACAAAGCUAUUGCACUAUUUAAAAUAUGAUUAAAGUGACCUUAAGUUGCUCCCUAUAUAUUUUUAAAUGAUUACAUGUGUGGGAGGCAAUCUGUAGUCAUGAGCAAAUUCAUAUCCCUGCUAAGUGUUUGAAAAAAAUAAAACAAGUACAUAUGGCAAAAUGACCAGUCCAUUCAAUAAAAAACCGAACAAGUUCAACUAGCUUCUCAAACCAUUUGGUGUUAAUGCAGAUACAAAUUUCGGGACUAAAUGAUGCUGUCCUUUCUUCAUUCAGCAAACAUUUAUGGGUGCCUAGCAGGGGGAAGAAAUGGCUAACUUUGAUUCAGAGGACUAUUUAGGGAUUUUAUGUCCAUAUUUAGGCACAUUUUUGCAGCCGCAACAAAUUUCAUAAGGAUUGCCAGCCUCAGCUUCAGGGAAAUUCAGAAUGAAUUUACCAGAGACCGUACAUGAUUUGUAGGGAGUGAGGAUUUGGCAGGUGAGGCAUUUAGAUCUGUUGGGUUAGUGAAUGCUUCAGCUGCAACACUGGUAUGACAUGCGUAAAAUUCAGCCUUCCACAUAAAGCUUCUAUAUGUCUUUAUAAACACUGGUAUGACAUGCGUAAAAUUCAGCCUUCCACAUAAAGCUUCUAUAUGUCUUUAUAAAAACUGAGCAUGAAGGAAUGGGAAGAUGGGGAAUAGUGUACCAGCAUCCCGCUUGUUUAAAUUCUAGCAUAACACAAACUGUCUUCCUUUGAAUUCCUUGACAUAAAAAAAUCACUUGAUAUUAUAAUCUAAGUCUCGGAGAAUUGGACAGGAUUAAGAAAGUCCCCUCUUACAGGAUAUCAGCUUAACAAGAACCUGAACAAUAUAAAGAUGUGGUUAGUUAGGCAGAAAUGUCAGAGGCUCAAUGGUUAAAACUUUGAGAAUCAUCAAGGUAGAUGGGCCUCAGGAUGAGUUCUUUCAUUAAUAGCUGUGUGACCCUGACCAAUUUAAUUAACAUCCCUGAGUCCUUUCCUGAAUUUGUAAAAAUGAGAUAAUGGUACCUGCCUCAAAGAAGCUUAAGAAAUGAGAUAACGUAGAGUAAAGUGCCUGGCACAUAGUAGGUGCCCCCAAAACUCUAGAUUUUUUUUCACCUAAGAACAUAUCAAAAACAAUCAGGAAAACAAUUUUCCACAAUUUAGCUUCUACAUAAUGUGCUAUGUCUCCAGCUAAAGAGCCGUUACCAAGACUGAAGUUUUUGAUUCAGAAACGGCAAGUGUAGCUAUUGUUUUCUCUAAUUGUGUUUUGCACUAUUAGGUUUAUAGCUUUAAAGUAAUACUUAUUUAUAAUAAUAAAAGUGAGAGUAUGAAUGUCAUUGUUACAAACCUAUCUACCCCAAGUCAAUGUUAAAUGACAGGUAUGUAAGGUGAUCUGUUGAAUGGGGUACAAGUAGAACAUGGGCUGUAAAGACCGGCUCUCCAGGGAAGCCCCUCUUUAGAUCCACAAUAUAGUUCCCACAUGGAUAUUUGAAAAUGCAUUUUUGAAAUACGCUUUUGAAAUAACACUAUUUUUUCAGAAAAUAGAAUUUAUAGUUGUGGUUCUUUGCAGGCAUCUAGGCCCACUCCAUCAUGCACAGAUAUGUUAAACAGACACAGUCCAGUGUUCAGUGGUAGAAAAGGCAAAGACUUGGUGUGGUAAACCUGAAUUAAAAUCCUACCUGCUGCACUUACUUUCAAGACAAACCCUCAGUGAGCCCCAGGAGCCCAAACUGUAGAGGCACCGUCUUAAAUAUCCUGAGGGGUCUUGAGGAGCCUCUGAAGUAUAUAUGUGGAAGGGCUUCAUAAGCCAUAAAGCACCAUGUAACUGGUAAGCUCCUUAGGUGCCUUGUGCAUCAUCACAAUACAGUGUCAUUCCGGUGGAAACACUAUAGCACGACCUAGGUCUUCUGAAAACCUUCCAUGGUUCUUUCCCCUACCCAACACUGACAGCAUUUCCACUCUGUAACAAAAACGUCUACCGUGAUUCUCACAGGGCUCUCAAAGAUCCCUGUAGUCAGAGUAGAUCCCCAGUGCGAGGGAAGCGUCCUGUCGUAGCAUCCCAGGAUUUGUCCAACACCCAUAGCAUUAUGUAUUUGCAUUGCAGUUGUCUUCUACGUAGGCAAUGGCUUCACCUCCCUCCUCACUUCCUAAGUGUUCUCGUUCAAAGCGAUAUUCUCUGGCUUCCACUUAACUUACAAGGAAGUGAACAUUUUAAAAACUAAGAAGAUGUUUUAAAAUACUUUAUAAAAUAUUCCUUGUUGUGGUUGAUCAGUGACUGAGCUUAGGAUAAUUCAUUACAUGUUCUGUGGUACAAAUACACUUUGCUCUAGGAAUAUGCAAUACAGAAAAGAAAAUUCACAGGAAGACAUGAAUUAUUAAUAAUUGAUGACAUGAAAAGAAAGUAUCACAAAGCUUAUUUAUAUAAACUAUUAAGUGGAGGUUGAGAGAGACGACUAACAAGAAGUCAUCUAAAACUAAUACAUUAUUAUUAUGAAUAGACGGACAAAACAUUGAUAGGAAUGCAAUGUUAAGAACACAGAACCAUACAAUCAAUUGACCAAUUUCAUUGUUCUACCAGUCAUAAUCAAACUUUUAAAUGAGAGUAGCAAGUAUUAUAGAAAUGCUCUCAAUAAAAUACUUUUUUUAUGAGAAGUGGCAAAAUUAACAUGGUUACUCUUGAAGAGCUAAUGUCAAAACUAAGUUGAAUUCCUAAAUUGUAGUCAUGACGUUUGUGACUUCCAUUAGUUAAUUUAAAAGAUACAACAUAAUUUGGUACACUUAUGGUUUUAAAGCACUAUAUGUUUAACCUUUAUUUUUGGUACUUCCCUUGUGUGUAUUGCUUUUAAAUUGAAAAUAAUCGAACCUGUUAGUAUUUAAACCAUAUCUUUUUUUGUACUGUCACUAUAUACAUUAUAUACAUAUAUUAAGUAUGUAUUAAGUAUUUUGAAUACAUGUAAGAAAAUUCCACACCAUUCCAUCAUCCUUAUUUAGGAGUAAAAUUCAAGGAUCAGUAAUCUUAUAAUUACCUCCUCCAUAGUGUCUUCAAAAUGCCUCUAUAAUUACAGCGUUGAAAUUAUAUGCUACACUUUUUCCCAAAUAUUAAAAAAAAAUAAUAAAAAUACUGAGGAAUCCCUAGUUCUCAUCUCCUAGGCACCUACAGACUUUAACAAAAGACACAUUACCUCUUUUUAGCUAAAAUUUGCAUUCUAUGAUUUUGAUAGGAAAAUGUACAUCAGAAUGUUUGCCAGUUAAAUAGUACAUUUCAAAAAAUAAUGUGUGUAAUCACUUGAAAAUGUCGGUCAUCCGAUACAAAGAAGCUCACUCACAUUGGUUAAGUAGUAAGUAACUUGGAAUGCUUUAAACGUAAAAAAACAAUCUAAACAAAACACAUACUUUUUCCUAGUCUUUAUGCACAUAAUGUAGCAUGAAAUCAUGAUGCUUUUGAAAUACUCUGUGCAGAAAUAUUUAUUUUUUAGCAAAUAUUUUCUUCAAAGAUUGGUAUGUGGUAUUGACAGUGUAAUCUACUUGCACAACUAGUUUUGCAAUAACCUUCUACAAAUAACUGUAAAUAAGAAAAAUGUAAAUUUCAUGUAAAAAUGGUUGCAAAUUUUUGGUAGCUAAAAGUGUACAAGUUGUAUUGAAAAUAUAGUAUAUAUACAUAAUUUAAGAAUGAAGCAUAUAAUUUCUGAUCUAUUUAUACAUGAAAAUUCAAGAAUUUGUAAAAGAAAUUAUUUUGGGGAAAAAGAAAGUAAAUCUCAUUAGCUAGUUAGAAUACUUUUAUUAGAGAAGCCAACUAUUUCCAACAUUUUACUAGGCAUAGUGCUAGAUACAGGCAUGGUGGUGCUGAUGUAUUUCAUGAAAUCACAUAAUUGUAACAGUGCUGCUACAGUUUUACUGAGUUCCACUGGGACACCAGUAAACUGGACUGAGUGGUAAAAAGCAUUAAAUCUAAAAUUAAAGAAACAUAAAAACACUUCACUUAUUAUUGGCUAGCAAGAACAUAAUGGUAAUUUACUGAAACAUUUAUUGUUUCAUUACUUAUGGUUUCUGAUAAUUAAGCGGGCUUCAAAUUACAUGGGACAUGAAUUCUGUAUCAUGUGUUCAUGGUUCAUUUUUUUUUUCAUCAAGAAUGGAAAUAUCCAGAUUACAUUAUUUUCAUUUGCCUAAGUUUCAUAUGCACUUAAUUUCCCCCCCAGAAUCAUUAUCUAUUAUUUAAGAAAAAAAAAUCCAACUAUCUUCAGGGUAUCUUUUCAAUAAAAUUUGUUGGUCACAAUAUGGCAUUUUCUAAGCUAAAGACUAUUUGGUCCAUUUAGUGGCUUAGAUUCCUCACCAUCCAUUUCUUAAGGUUUAAAAAGCCAAGAGAACAUUUCCCUAUAUAAUAAAUGAAAAACCCAAUCAAAUAUAGAUAAUCAGAAAGCAAUGUACUGGUAUCUUUAAGUGAGGCUGAUUAGAAAAUGAGAAUCAAAGUACAAAUAAGCUAAUUAUUUAAAAACUUAAAAUCUCUUGCCAUAAGAUAAAUUUGGGGGUGACGUAUUUAGAUAGCUCUGGGAAAUUACAUAUGCAUCCAAAAGUUUGGCUAAUCCUAAUUUUUUUUAAAAUGGCCUAUCAUUUUCAAAAGAAUAUGGAUCUUUAUUUAGUGUUUCUGGAACAUUCAUACCUGUUCAGGUUACCUUUGAAAUUUCAGUGAUCACAGCAAGAUAAAAUGUGAUUAAAUACAGCCAGCAAAAAUGCCAAUAACUGCAUGUAUAUAUUUAUAUUGUCAUGCUUAAGGGAAAAGGCUGGGACACCCCCCCCCCACACACACACACACAUACAAUGUAUCAGAAGAAGGUACUAACUCCUGGCCUAUUUGUCUCUGAAUAUAGCUAUUGAAGGAUGACAGAGCCCAAUUCUCAUUGCCUGUAAGCUUUCCAGAUGGCCAGCAUCUCUGAUGUUGUGGAAGGGGUACACCUGGAAAUACAAGUAGCUCAUAGGGAAGGAUCCUCCUCCCCCCCCCAACUGUAUGGCACAUCAUAGUAAUGUAGGAGUGCUGCCAAUGUCUACUUGCUAUAUAUUCACAUACACAGAAGCACACUUGAGUUCUGAAUGCUCGCAAAAUAAUACACAAAGCUGUAUAUUACCAAGCUACCUGGAUAAAAGGAAUGUUAAGUAAUAUAAGUCUCUUUCCUUCAUAUGCCAGUAAAAUACGUUUUUUAAAACAAGCAGAAAAAGACAUGGCAAGAAACAAUUAAAAGCACAGAUUUCCCAGCAUCCAAAUAAUGAGUUGAUAGUGAGUCAGACAGAAAUUUUUCAUAAGUAUCCUAGUGUCUUGCUGGAAAGUAGUUUUGUGCUCAGUAUUCUAAAUUACAGGAAAAAGUUUAACUUAAUAUAUGGACAUAUAUGAUGUUAUAACCUUAUUCUAGACUACAAAUUACCUAAACGGUAUUCGUUUAAAAUCCUCUCUGCAUUCAUCACUAUAACAGAAGUUCUCAAUAUUUGGUUUUUCUCUUUGUAUCAUCUGAUUUUAUUAUAAAGUCUAGACAUACUCUUAGAUGACAGCUUAGCAUUGUACAUUUAUUUCAAAGUGCUAUAAGACCAAAAAAAAUGUGGUUUUUAAACACAAGUUUCAAAGUAAUAAAACACCCAUGGUUGCAUUUUAAAGUUUAAGAGAAAAAAAAAAAGAUAACCUGAAAGAAAUCUUGGAUCUUUACUCACUAAAUAUAAUUACCAGACUUCCACAAAUGUACUCCUACUAAGUUCCCAGAAAACUGCGACUAAUAGAGAAAACUAUCAUCUAUGAAUCUGUCAAACAUAAAAGGACAAAAGAGAAGCACAUUUCUGACAAUAGUAUUUAGUUUGUCCAGUUUAGUAAUGCCAUAACAGUACAAGUGAACUUGAUCUGUAUAUUUUACUUAAAUAAUCACAAACUGAUUUUUUUCUCAUUUUUUAAAUUGCACAGACUUUAAACUACAUUAAUAAAUUUUACUUCCUUCCAGGGUGAAUACCUUUUCUGGAAAUAAACAUAUCAUUUGACAUUUUUAAAUUAUUUUUUGUUUCUGAAUGCAUGCUUAAAUAGAUCACAUGAGCACAGUCCUUGAAAUUACACUUAAAGUGGACCAAAUUAAGAUUCAUAUAGUAUUGAUUUCCCCUUGAUGUAAUUUAAAAUGUGCAAACUGCCACUCAAAAUAGAAGUGCAAUACCUGACAUUUAAUCAUUUGGCAGUGUUAAUAGGUAGAGGUGAAUUACUGCACUGUUAUUUGAACUGAAGCAUCUCAUAUAUGUAACAGAUUUUGUAUGAUACAAAACUUUACAGCAAGCUAUUUGAAUGUUUAUUAAAAAAUUCUCAAAAUGACAUGGAAACAUGUUUACUGUAUAAAUAAAAGCACUUAGAUGUUAAGAGUGUACAUUAUUCAAUAAUUUACAUCAUUACAAGAAAACUGGGUGUGAGUUAACAGUACAAACUACCACAUUCUGUUCAUAUUCCAGUCAUUGUUCAUCAUCCACUAUUUAAUUUUUAUGUUAGUAAUGGAUGUCUGCUUACAUCAAUUAUCUUGAUCAAUUAUUAUCAAAAAGUGAAUUGCAUUUCAGUAUAAAAAUCCAAGUAAAAUAUUCUCAAUGGCUAACGUCUGGUAAGAUUAUCUGUUUAAUGGAAAGUGCCAAAGAACUGUCUGACAAGUAAGUUGGAUUGGCAUGGAAAAUCAGCUUUGCUAGAGAAAGGGGUUCUGUGGUCAAAAAAGUUUGGGAAAACUGGAUCAAAUAAAAGUAAACAGGAUUUUAUGUACCUUAGGCUUCUCAAGCUCCCUGAAAAGGGUGAAAAUUUCCCCAAUACAUUUGCUCAUCGAAACCCCUUCACAGAUCUCCCACGACCAAAAUUCCUAAGAACGCCUUUGGAAGAGGGUGAGCUAGAGAAUCACAUGAAGAGUUCCAAUACAAAGUGUCACCUGGCAGAACUUUGUAUGAAGAAUACCAUACGUCAUUUUUAAAGUUUUGCCUCAACCAGUAGCCUCCAAGUAAAGAAAAACUAGAACAGACCUCAGAACAGUACAGUGACUAGAUUACCUGUAAACUGGCUGUUAGGAUCCCAGGCUGCUGAGUCAUAUUAGCACCCUUAUUCAACAUGAAUGAUAUGAGUGUGUUUACCUUAGUUUUUCCCAACAAGACUUCUAAUUAGAAUCCUGUAUUUUUUUUUAAUGGCUCAGUUAACAUCCUCUCACAUUAUCAAAUAUAUGUUCAUGGAAAAAAACAACCAGAGGACAAGAGUAUAUGGAUUAUUUCAUCACACAUUUUACACUGCUGACCAAAUGACAGCUAAUUAUAUAAAAUUAUAAUGUCAAAAUGACUAUCCAAUACUUCCUUUCCAGGACUGUUAAAAGUAAAAGUUGAUUUAAAAUUCUCUUAGCUUAUAAAAAGUUUUCUUUCAAGAUACUGCCAUUCACCCUCCACCCUUUAAGAAACACAGAAUUUUAUAAAAAGCAUAAUUAAUUUGGUCACCAGUCAUACUGAAAUCAUGUCAACUUGUACUCACAUUUUAAGCUGGAAGACCUUUAGUUAAAGUAUAAGAAAAAUACAUGUUUUUUUAAAUCUUCACUAAGAAACACAGAACGUUUGCCAGGAAAGCGGCUGGAUUAAUUACAACAGCUCACACCAGGGAUCUUAAAUGCUAAGGAUUUGAUGACGACUUUGCAACUUUCCACAGUAAUGCCACAGAAACAGGCCAUGGUGCCUACUGUGGUCAGUACCCCCCACAUUACACACCUGCGCUCAACGACUUACCAGUUUACCAAUGCCAGUGGUAAACCCGCAGCUAAUGUUGAGAAAGUCAAACUUAAAAUUUCUGAACAUUUAAGCAAAGUGGUAGAUUACUUGAUUUUUUAAUUUUGUAAACAGCUGG